AUGGCAACUGAUUCACUGAGUGUCGCAUCGACCCAGGCCGACGAGGACGAGGUGACAGCGGCAGAGAAUACGGUGGAUUCGACGUGUGUCGGCCAGCGCACUUCCGAAGAGCAUGCCGAUGAACAGGGCUAUAAUCGGCACUUCAAAAAGAAUGCAAACACCACCAGCAGCGGAACGAGCCGUUCGCCGGCACAAGGCCGCAACUUUAGCUCUCGUGGCUCUCGUGUGCGACAAGUAGAACUGAUAUUGCAGUACCAAUCGAGAGGAGGGAUGUUUAAUUCUGGCAGAUUUGCUCAGACUUCACCACCUUACAUGGGUAGAAUGUAUGGCAUGGCGACACCCAUGGGUGUACAGAUGUCAGUCGUCCCACCAUUUCCCGGCGAAUAUUUUGAGCCACAAGGAAGCAUGUUUUCGCCUCGUUUCCGUUUUCCGCCGCCGUCGCCGCUUCGCAACUACAAUGGUCGCAGCGGUCCAGAAAGUGGUGGUGGUGUGAGACGUCGUGCCAAAAGUCCCACUUCAGUACCAUCUAGCUGCGAGAACUCAAGUCCGCAACAGGCUCGCGAAGUGGGCGGAGAUCGUGGACGAGAGAGACGGGUAAGGGAGUGCCGCGAGAAUCGUGAUGAACAGAAGAGCACACCAAAAGAAUCGUCAGAAGAGUCGCUGCAAAUGUCUCCUCCCACGAAAACUGAUUCAUCCCGGCGUGAUCACCAGAAAUUUUCGGCAGCUACACCCACAAACGAUCCUCGCUCGUCGGCACCACUUCGCAGUCUUCGUACCGAGUCAGGUCGCGUCACAUAUCCGCUGAUAUACGUCUCGCCGGCCGGCUCUAUCUCCGUCAUACUCGCACAUGCCAUUAUCAUCGAAAUGUCUAUCGAUCGCUGCGUUCGCGUCGUGUGUCAUGAUAAGUUUGCU